GGAAACUUCGGUUGAUUCUAAUGGAAUAGAGCUUGUUUCUAUGGCAGCCAUUGAGGAUGAGGCUGAGAAACGUGCACACCAUAAUGCGUUAGAACGGAAAAGAAGGGAUCACAUUAAAGACAGUUUCUACUGCUUGCGGGAUGCUGUCCCCCAACUCCGUGGAGAGAAGGCAUCCAGAGCUCUUAUUCUGAAUAAAGCCACGGACUACAUCAAAUCGUUGAAGGGCAAAAACAUGUGCCACAAAAAAGAGAUCGACGAUAUCAAGAAACAGAACGAUGUUCUGGAGCAAGAAAUCGAUAAGAUAAUCAAGCUAAACAACUCGCUUGGUAAGGAUCGUAUUGAGCUAGUUGGUGAAGAGUUUGUUAAAGUGGUUGAUGGGAACACGACCGCUGGUAAUCCUCAGUCCACACCUCCUACCUUUACACGGAUAACGGAAAAGGAUAAAGGACCGUGUAUAGGGAAACGGGAACUCGACUUUCCCGAUCUUGAAGAGGGUUCUGAAGAUGUCAAACCUGGUGACAGUAAAACAACCGUAAUGAAGAUCACAAAACCCCUCAUCAAAACAGAGAAUGUUUCAGACACCAAGACUGAUGUGAAGAACCCAGUGAGAGUCAACAUCGGCUCUGUAAAACCACAGACCGCCAAGAUAGCAUUUGCUCAAGCCGGAAGUGCUAAUAAGAACGGAGGAACCAUACAAAUCCCCGCAUCAGCCCUUGCAAAGGCUCUACCUAACGGAUUUAAAAAUGUUACGGCGAUUUACAAACAAACUGGCAACAACAAGCCAAUAAGACUGCAGAUAAUCACUCAUAAUGGUGCUACGACUGGAGCCAAGGGGGCUCAGCUCUUCUCCGUUAAAACUAACAGCCCCAAGAAAACAGCUCCAGAUGCCAACAAGGACAAGCAAGAUGUUCAGGACAAGAAAGACGGCAACAUUGUAAAAGAUUUAAAGGACAUUGCUAUCAGCAGCGAGAAAAAAGAAAAGGAAGCUGAGAAUAAAGAGCCUGAAGAAAAGAAGGAGGAAGCAAAAACCCAGGGUGAAGCCGCCCCUGCAGUAACUUCCACUGAAAAGAAACCAGAGAGGAGACCCAUGUCAGAUGGCCCGAGGACGCCGCAAAAUCAGCCACUAUAUGCUCGACAUCGCAUCCUCCACUCAAGUCCUUCAAAAGAAAAGAAAAACUUAAAAGAUAAGCCGGCUGAAAAUACAGGAGCAUCAGAAUUUGAUUCCUACAAAACGGAACCCAAUUUCCCUGGUGAGGGUAACGCUCCGACGAUGACCCAAAACAAAAUGCAGGCCCUGAAAAGGGACCCCAGUGCCAUUGCUACGAUCAGCGAGUCGGAGCUGGCAUUCCUGACCAGACCUACUAACAACGCAGCAGGGAAAGAUAACGGAACGGCAGUGAGUGACAGAGCUUCGUCCAAAGAAGGGAGGAAUUUGGCUAACAAGAUCGAACAUGGCAACAUUCCCAUCCUAUACAAAGGAUCCCUGUUAUCUGACCGUGAUAAGGAGAUGGAUGAUAUGAAGGAGCCAGCUCAGAAACUAGUUCUCUACAGUGCUAGAGCUAUGGACGGAUCUCGUCCGUUUGCGUGUCACAUCUGUGGGAAGAGUUUCAACAUGCUAUCAUCACUAAAGGUGCACGAACACAUUCAUGUUCCUGUUAAGAAGAAACCCUACCCCUGCGACCUCUGUCACAGGUCGUUCAUGACGUUGCGGAUAUUAAGUCAACAUAAGGAGAGUCAUUACGGCCGAAUCUCUACCUUCCAUCGCCAGUCCUCACUCGGUAAGAAGUCUCAAGUUAGCUUCGCUACCCAUCCUCAGAGUACCUUGAAGAAUGGUAAUGCUGGGACACGAACCCAAUCUCCCCGGACCUCAAUAACAAACAUAUUCCACGUGCGCGCGAGCAGUCCAAACGAUACACCCAACGAGAAGAAAUACAGCACAAUCACUAUCACACCAAGUAAAGGGACAGUGGCUAUGGGCAGUAGCAAGAGUAGCGGUGGAGCCAGUACCAGAUCUACUAGUCAGAGAAUUCUACCAACGACACGAGUCAGACAAGGACAGGUAAUAGUACAAGCAAGACCUGGAGCUGGAGCCACUGCUUACAAAGUCAGAACUAAAGCAGAGUGCGAGGAAGCUAGAAACUUCGGUCUGAAAGUUGUUCCCUUCAAACGCUCCGGGUCUAGUACAGAUCUGGAGGAGAAGAAAAUCAAAAUAGGGAACUCAGAGAAGAUUUAGCAGGAGCUGUCACCGCACAAACGCAGUUCCGCAACUGUUGUGUCCCAGAGUUUGUUACACCCGUUAGUCCGUUUCAGGAGUGGACUUGAUUUCUGUCAGUUUGAUUGUUGAUAUAUUGAUGUGCAGCCAGUUUCUUAGAUUGAGUUGAUUCCUAAUGUAGACUGAGUACAGAAACACUGAAAAUCUGUCCGCAUCAAAUCGGGUCAAUAUCUUUCAUCCCAAACUACUAAUAAAUUCUUGAAGUCAUUGAUGAACGAAAUGAAUUCUGAAGACACGAUUUAUAGAUACUAGCUACAACAGAUUUAUUGAUGGGAUGUAGGUCGUAGAAUAAACCAAUAGUCAGACCCUAGCAACGAUUUGUUUCGUUAGAGAUCGGGGGCCUACUUUGACCCGAUUUGAUGGUUUUCGCACGUUUUGAGUGUUAGUGCAAAUUUCUCAGUCUUCAAAUCAAAGUUGACGAUUCUGAAGACUUUACCUAAAUAAUGCGUACGUACUAAAUAAUAAUAUGUAUAUUGAAUUUAAAUCUUAACUUUAGAUUUUAAAUCUUGACGGUGUUUUUGGGUUUGACUAUGAUUUCACUUUUACACACUGUUUCCUAUUUGUGGCAAAACUCAUAUAAUAUUGCCACCAGUUUUGAAUUGUUUCGCUCCCCCAGUUUAAUUGUUAAUGGAUUUUGUCACUUCUCGAAUAUUGAUAGUCUGGGUUAAGGACAAUGUUGUUAUGUUGAACUUUAACAUGGAUAUUAUGGUUUGAAUCUGGGUUGGGUUGACUUUAUAUUAUGUCAGUUUAAAGUU